AAUGAUUAUAAAUCUCAGCUGGAGGGCUAAAUGUAGGGGUAGGGAGAAACAACAGGGCAAGAAAUCAGAUUUCUUCUAAUUCUUUUUUUUUUUCUAACAAAGAUCAAACAGAAUUACUUAAUUAUUUUUUUAGCAAAGAUCAAACCCUAUUUUUUUAAAUUAUUUAGUGACAACGAUCAGUUUUUUUAAAAAUUAUAACAAAGAUCAAACUAUAUAUUUUUUGAUUUUGUAACUAAGUAGAGACAAGAUAAAAAUGUCCAGAUCCAAAACACAAGCAGCAAAGACAACAUUCCAAUAAAGGUCAAAUAUGACAACACAAGAAACCCUUUUUCAAAACUUUCCAUAGCAAUUUUAAAGAAAAAUAAACUAAUAUUACUAUACUAAACUAGUAUUAUAUGUGAGAAAAAUGCAUAUUUUAAUCCACUAUAACCUAUAAAAAGAUCAGUUUUUCCUCAUAAACUGGACAUUUCAGAUUAAUUGGUUAAUUGGUUCAUUUUGGUGUAUUUAAAGCAAGUUCAGCAAUAAAAACAAAGAAAAAAAAACAAGAAAAUAUACAGAAAUAUCAAAUCUAGUCAAGAUUUUAAUUCAGAAAUUGAUUAGAAACUAGAGAAAAUAAAGUAAAAUUAUAUUAAUAUUAUGGAAAUUAUAUUUUUCCCCAUCGUGAAUAAACUUUUUUUUUAUUAUAAAACUAUAUUUUAUAAUAAUUAAAUAUAAUGAUUAUAGUUUGAUUAACUCCUUGAAAGGGAGUUGUGGAAGAAGUCAAAAGAUUUUAUCCCACCCUGAUUAUCUUUUACUCAAUUUAAUUUGAUGCAUAUUAUUUAUCAAGUACCAUAAAUACUUGAAUCUUAUAUAUGAAACAUGAUGUACAUUUUUUAUUAAUGAAUAGUUGUAAUCUCAGUACAUCAUCUCUCAAAUUCUCCCCAAAAUUCCAAAGCCGGUAAAUGCUGCAACUUCCCCCCUUUGGCCGCUAGAUGGAGCCCUCGCACCGCCCUUCUCCAGCUCCUCCGGACGAGAACCUCCAGAUUGAACAUGUUGCGCAAAUCUUCCAGCAUUGUCACCACCGGAGCACUCCCGGAUCGGUUCCGAUUGCUUGUUUUCUGACUCCACGUAGCUUAUCAAAUGAUCACACAGCAGAUGGGAUGCGCUACAUUUGAUUGGAUUCCCUCCACGGCGCAGGGGGUUUGGUGGGGGGGAUCAAUGGAUUGAAGUUGGGGGGGCAAUUAAAGAGUGUGCAGCUAUUCUAAGACUUAUGAAUAUGUUGAAAUCACCAGAAGCCAUCGAUCAGUAAUAAAGUUGAUUGAAUGGGCGGAGCGCCGCCGCAAUUAGAGGAUGAUUUGGGGGCUGGCGGAUGUGGCGCGACGCCGCCGACGUACGCGCGCGCGUCGUAGCGGCGGCGGAGGAGUCGUGCGCCUGUCUCUCAGCACCCACGACCCGCGCAAGUCGGCGCCGAGUGUGUGCAUGCGCAUGCAGUUCCAGCCAACUUGGAAAGGGGGGGAUUAAUGCGCAAAGGCGAGGAUGGAACCACACCAGGUGCGUUUUUUUAUUUUUAUUUUUUUACUUCCCAUUAUUAUUGAUUGAUCAUUUUUUUUACAGCGUCCUCCCUCUUUUUCCAUCCUCCUCCUUCUUCAGAGAUUCAGUCACCCAUGCAGUGUCCGUUUAAACACGCGCGGAGUUAAUAGUUGUUCUUUUUGCGCGUAAAAGCGGCUCCGCUGGUCACGACUGAGCACUUUUCCCUUCCUCCUUCCUGAUUUAUCCCAUCUUUUUGUUCAUUUAAUUUUUAUUUUUUAUUUUAAAAAUGGUAAAUUUGGUUUUGGUGUGGGGCUGAACCUGCUCCUCUCCGCAAGGGAGGCAGAAAGGCAGGCAGGAAGGAAGGAAGUUGCCCGGGGCGGACAGGGGACCCCCCGAGGACUCUGCGGGGUGGGUGGAGGAGAAGGAGAAGGAGAAGAAGGAGGAGAGGUUUGCACAUUUGCGGGAGGAAUUUCCUUGGAUGCUCUGUUGAUCCCUCCGUGGGUGUUGCUUUGCGCCAUCGGAGGUGUUUUUGCGCAUGGAGAGUUGAGCAGGUAGUGGACUGAAAAGCUCGGGGAGCUCGCCCCCGAGGUUCUCGGCUGUCAUCCUGGCAGCUGCUUCUCUUGUCGAUCUGCCAGGAGUGGAGAGUGUGCGGAUGAGUGUGUGGAGGUGAUUACAAACCGCCAGACUUUGGGUUUUGUAUCGUGGAGCGGAAUUGCUAAUUUUGACUCAAGUGUGCGAUGGAACCGUGCUGCCUUUUUUUUUUAUUUUUUUUUUAGGGUUCCACAUGUUUGUGAGUUAGUUGAGUUGACAGAUUAGGUUGAGUUGACAGAUCGCUGCGUGAUCUGGCACUUACACGUCUUGUCUGUCUCCCUUCAACAGGCUCUGCUGAGGAUGUGACUUGUGGAUUUCAUGCCCCCUCCCUUGCCGGAUCUCCUGCUGCUCCUCUUUCUGCACAUAUUUGCUGGAAUAUGGCUCACUGGUGUGGCUCGGCUGACUCCACACUUGGGGCCUUUUACCGCUUCCUCGUUGACCAGUAGUCCCACAUUCCUACUCUUGCGUAACUUUUAAAUUUCCUUGAGGAUUUCUGUCAACGUCUUCUACGAUAAUGGAACCCCGGUGGAUCCCGGCCUUCUACCAGCAACCUCCUUCGGUUAUUUUCCUGCUCAUAGUGACUUCGUGCACCUGGCUUCUUCCUGUCACCUCCCCGGAGCGCGUGCUCCCGGACCCCCAGGGGGCGCCGGAGUACGCUCACUCCAUCCGCUUGGAUGGGGACAUCAUCCUCGGCGGAUUGUUUCCGGUGCACUCUCGGGGAGACCGAGGCACUCCCUGUGGAGAGCUAAAAAAGGAAAAGGGCAUCCAUCGCUUGGAGGCCAUGAUGUUUGCCAUCGACCUGAUCAACAAGGACCCUGAACUGCUCCCCAAUAUCACCCUCGGGGCCCGGAUUUUGGACACGUGCUCGAGGGACACGUACGCCUUGGAGCAGUCGCUGACGUUUGUCCAAGCCUUGAUAGAGAGGGACGGCUCGGACGUCCGCUGCGCCAAUGGAGAUCCUCCCAUCUUCACCAAGCCGGAUAAAAUCGUGGGGGUGAUUGGAGCUGCGGCCAGCUCCGUGUCCAUCAUGGUAGCAAACAUCCUGCGCCUGUUCAAGAUUCCCCAGAUCAGCUACGCCUCAACAGCCCCUGAGCUGAGCGACAACAGCCGCUACGAUUUCUUCUCCCGCGUGGUGCCGCCGGACUCAUACCAGGCCCAGGCCAUGAUGGACAUCGUCACAGCCAUGGGGUGGAAUUACGUCUCCACGCUCGCCUCGGAGGGCAACUACGGAGAGAGUGGAGUGGAGGCUUUUGUUCACAUAUCCCGGGAAACUGGCGGUGUAUGCAUUGCACAGUCCCUGAAAAUCCCGAGGGAACCCAGACCGGGAGAGUUUGACAAGAUCAUCAAGAGGCUGCUGGAGACCUCAAACGCCCGCGCCAUCAUCAUGUUUGCAAAUGAAGACGACAUACGACGAGUUCUUGAUGCAGCAAAGAGAAACAAUCAGACGGGUCACUUCCUGUGGGUGGGAUCAGACAGCUGGGGAUCCAAGAUUUCUCCUGUGAUUGGUCAGGAAAGAGUCGCGGAAGGUGCCAUCACUAUUCUUCCCAAACGAGCAUCCGUGGACGCGUUUGACCGGUAUUUCCGGAGCCGCUCGCUGUCCAACAACAGGAGGAACGUUUGGUUUGCUGAAUUCUGGGAGGAGAACUUCAACUGUAAACUGGGAAUGCACGGAAAACGCCCCGGCAGCCUGAAGAAAUGCACAGGUUUGGAAAAAGUUGGCCGGGAUUCCAGUUAUGAGCAAGAAGGGAAGGUUCAGUUCGUAAUGGAUGCAGUUUAUGCCAUGGCGCACGCCCUUCACCGGAUGCACCGAGAGCUCUGCUACGGCUACCCGGGUCUGUGUCCGCGAAUGGCCCAGAACAUCGACGGAAAAGAGCUGCUCAGUCAUAUCCGUGCUGUCAACUUCACCGGAAGUGCCGGCACACCGGUGGUAUUCAAUGAGAACGGAGACGCUCCCGGACGGUACGACAUCUUCCAGUACCAGAUCAACAACAGCACUGCUGAAUACAGAGUCAUCGGCUCCUGGACCAACAAGUUACAUCUAAAAGUGGAGGCCAUGCGUUGGAGGACAGGUGACCCGUCCCUGCCGCCCUCUGUCUGCAGCAACCCAUGUAGAAUGGGCGAAAGGAAAAAGGUGGUGAAAGGUGUGCCGUGCUGCUGGCACUGCGAACGUUGCGAGGGAUACCACUAUCAGGCCUCUGAGUUCACCUGCGAGCUGUGUCCCUACGAGAUGCGACCCGAUGGCAACCGCACCGGCUGCGUUCCCAUCCCCAUCAUCAAGCUGGAGUGGCACUCCCCGUGGGCCGUCGUCCCCGUCUUCAUCUCCAUGCUGGGGAUCAUCGCCACCUCCUUCGUCAUCGUCACCUUCGUCCGCUACAACGACACGCCCAUCGUCCGGGCGUCCGGCCGGGAGAUGAGCUACGUGCUGCUGACGGGGAUCUUCCUGUGCUACGCCAUCACCUUCCUGAUGAUCGCCGCGCCGGACGUGGGCGUGUGCUCGCUCCGGAGGAUCUUCCUCGGACUGGGGAUGUGUUUCAGUUACGCCGCGCUGCUCACUAAGACCAACAGGAUACACCGAAUCUUCGAACAAGGGAAGAAAUCUGUCACAGCCCCCAGGUUCAUCUCUCCCGCCUCUCAGCUGGUCAUCACCUUCUCCCUGAUCUCAGUCCAGCUGGUCGGCGUCUUCGUCUGGUUCGCCGUGGACCCCCCCCACAUCGUGGUGGACUAUGGCGAGCAGCGGACCCAGGACCCCAAAGCGGCCCGCGGCGUCCUCAAGUGUGACAUCUCCGACCUGUCGCUCAUCUGCUCCCUGGGUUACUCCAUUUUGCUCAUGGUGACGUGCACGGUGUACGCCAUCAAGACGCGGGGCGUGCCCGAAACCUUCAACGAAGCCAAACCCAUCGGGUUCACCAUGUACACCACUUGCAUCAUCUGGCUGGCUUUUAUACCCAUCUUUUUUGGGACGUCGCAGUCUGCAGAGAGGAUGUACAUCCAGACCACCACCUUGACAAUCUCUCUCAGCCUGUCCGCCUCUGUGUCGCUGGGAAUGCUCUACAUGCCCAAAGUCUACAUCAUCCUCUUUCACCCCGAGCAGAACGUACCUAAACGAAAACGCAGCUUCAAGGCCAUUGUGACAGCAGCAACCAUGUCAGGAAAACUGACCCAAAAGGGAGACCGGCCGAACGGAGAAGUGAAGACGGAGCUGUGUGAGAGCAUGGAGACCAACAGUGACUUCAUCAACUAAAACCACCUACGUCAGCUACAGCAAUCAUGCCAUCUGAACGCACUGCAGAAGGGACCUGGAGGGGGGCGUGCCUUAGGGGGCGGGGCCAGUGGAGAAACCAAGAUCGGAGCUGCCUUCAGCCGGAGAAGCUGGCGGACGAAGCCCGAAUGGAAACCAAGCAUGAGACAUUUUGUAUUGUUCCCCAUCCAACCGCAGAGGUGGGACCACGUAAACAGCCAGUCGGUGUGCCUGCUUCGCUGCUGCUCACAGCUCAUUGGUCCAACCAUGAACUUAUGUGUCUAAACAGAAAAAAAAGAGAUCCAUGAUUUAAAAAAAAAAAAAAAAACGAACUUGCCAAAAGGUACUGUGGUGGGUUGAUAAAAAUAAUAAAAUAUAAAAAAAGUAAAAACAAAACAAAAAAAAAAUUGUGUAGACAUAUAUAAAAGGGCAAACGUGGGGGUGAAAAAGAGACUUAAAAGAUUACAUUUUAAAGAUAUUUAAAAAGAGUAUUGUAAGAGAAAAUCUAUGAGACUCAAACAUGUUUGUUGUUGUUCUCUACUUGUAAGUAUUUUUGUGGUUGUGACAAUUUUUUCAUUCUUGUCUCACCGUUGUCUGAUGGAUCGCCCCUGCAUAAUGAGAUGAGUGUGUUUCCUCCUGCUGUCUUGGCUGACCAGGUUGUAGUCUUGGGUCAUGAACCUGUGAAAUGCCAUGGUUGAAGCAUGCCAGUUUUUAUACAAAAAGGAGAUUUAUUUAUAAUAAAGGAAUGUUUUGCAAAUGUC